UUUAAAUUACAAUUUUUAAUUCAAGUAGAAUGACAUUAAAAUUAAAAAUGGAUUUUUCGAUUUUCUUUUACAAAGACAAAUUGCGCAAUAACAAUUUAUCGAAAAUCAGAUUUUCAUAAUUUUAAUAUUAAUAAUAUCAAUAAUUUUAAUAAUAAUAUUAUCAAUAUUAUUUUACUAUAAUAAUUUGUUAUAUAUAUAUAUAUAUAUAUAAUCUACACGUAUACAUAAUAUAUAUGUGUAUAUAUUGUGUAUAUAUAUUUUUUAUUAAUCAAGAUUUCUCGAACAUUAUCGAUAAUCAUAAGUUAUGACUAUGAUUAUACCAAAUGGAAUAUUGAAGUGGGGGAAACUUAAACGAAUCUUCCCAGCCAAUGUUCUGCAGUUCUGAACCAGUGCUUCACAGUACUUACAUAGAGGUUACUUAACUUAGAGUAUCAAAGUUUCAAUAUUUUUUGUUAUUAAAACAAUGACUCUAGACGAAAAAUUUAAGAAAGCUGCAGAGGAGGUGAAGGAAUUAAGUGCUCCAGCGUCAGAUGCUGAUUUGCUUGAACUAUAUUCAUUGUACAAGCAAGCUACUAUUGGAGAUUGUAAUACAUCUAAACCAGGCAUGCUGGAUUUCAAAGGCAAAGCAAAAUGGGAUGCUUGGGAUAAGAGGAAGGGUAUGAGUCAAGAUGCUGCUAAAGAGCAGUACAUUCAUAAGGUGGAAGAACUGAUAUCCAUCAUUGGAAAGAAGUAAUUUGCAAUGUUGAAAAUUUAUAUAGAAAUUUUUAUCUAAUUUUAUCUUUUUUAUAUUCUUAUAAAUGUGCAAUUUAUUAUAUUUUAUAUCAGGGUAUAAUAGUUGCAAAAAUGUUUAAAUACUUUUUGAAAUAAUUGUUUUGAUAUUAUAUAAAUAAUUUAAAGAUCUAUAUAUUGUAUAGACAAGAAUUAUUAUAAAUACAAUAAUAUUAAAAAGGAAUUGAUAUAUCGAAUUGACGAAUUAAUUUUCUCGUGGUAGCUGAAUUUAUUUUGCUAUCACUGAUUAACUAUAUACAACGUCGAUGUUGUUAACUUGGAACAAGUUAACAUAUACAGUAUAUGCAUUAUAAUGUACUUAAUACAUAUACACGAUUUUUAAUACCACAUCGAAGCGUAUAAUGAUGAAAAUAUUAAAAAAGAAAUGUAAUUUUCUCUUCAUUUAAACUUUUACAUUGUUCACCUACUGUUUUUAUAUAAAUUAUAUUCUAAAUUUUGUUAUACGAAUAUUGUAAAUUUAAAAGUUGAGGAAAGAAGAAGAAAUAAAGUAACAAUUAUUUUGAUACAAUAUGACAUUUUAAAUUAACGUUGAACUUCCAUAUAAUUGUUAUUCUAAACAUAAAAAAAUCAGACAAAAUAUAAUGUUGAAUAUCGAUAAAGUGUAAUGAAAUAUAUUAACAUACAUUAAUGAUGUUUUUUUUUCUCCACGUUUAACAUUUUUUUGCUUAUUAUUAUAUACACAUACACAAGAAACUAACUAAGAAAAGCAAAUAGGAUUACGACAUUUAAAUUGCUUACGAAGGAACAUUUCCGCAACACAAAAACUUAGCCCUGUUUAUGCGUCAAUUUUGUUUACAGAUCCAAUUAUAAAGAAAAUGGAGCACAUUUCUUCCAUAGUGAAUGCUUUACUGCAUUUCAAAAAUAAAAAAAGGAAAAAAUCUAAUAUAGCAAAAACUGUCGUAAUACAAUUUUAUCUUUUAAGAGCACUUGUUAGCAAAUCGAUCUUGAUAUUUAAAACGAAUACGCAUGAUGGAAUUCAUUCAUAUGUGUAUGUGUGUGUCCUAUUCGCAUAAAAAUGAAAUAUGUGUAUGUAUAAUAUGUUAAAUUCGUUCAAACUCAGUCGAUGUGUAUAUAUGUGUUCGAAAUUACGACGCGACUUACUUACAAAUAAAAAUCUAGCAAUUAUAACUUACGAUAUAAUGAAUUAAUCCUCUAAGAAAUCUAGAAUAAGCGAAACUUACCGUAUUAAAAGUAAAACGCCAGAUUUUGAACGGAAACGACGCGCUAUCUAUAAAACGCAACAGAAUGUUCUGUAGUAACAACUUUUAUCUGUUUUUUUUUUCACAGAAAGCAGGGCCUCUUCUCUUUCUUUCACUCACUCACACUCACACACACAUACACACACACACACUCUCCCUCUCUUUCUCUCUCUUUCUCUCUCUUUUUCUCUCAAUAGCAAACAAGAAUUAAUUAAACACACCACUUUCGAUGCAAAAUCUUACAAUGAAUUUUGCAGCGAAUUUUUUAUUGAUCAAAUCGAACAUGUGUAGCUAGUCGAAGCUAAGCCACUAAAAGUUUUUCUUUUUUUUUUUUUUUUUUUUUUUUUAAUUCCGAUUAUUGAAACAAUAGCAAAAACGAUGUUGCGGAAAAAGACAUAAUUUACAACAUCAGUUUCGUAAAUGAUACACGUACGUAUGUAAUAUAUGUAUAUGUGUUUACGUUUGAUUCGAAAAAAAAAAACAAAGAGACCAAAAAAUUAAAAAAAUAAGGAAACGAAUGAGAGAAGGUUGUAAGAGUGUUGCCUCUAUUUUCUCUUACUCUUAUCGUGCUUCUUAGUGAGAACUGGAUGAUGGUGCGUCUUUAUUCUGCUAGCCUUCUGAUGGUCACCAUGGACUGUUCUCGAGUUCUGGCCAGCCAUCGAGAUAUCGCUGGCACUGUCGGUCAGCUGGCGACUUGUCGAUGACUCGUCAAACCUGGUAAAACAGAGAAGGUGACGGGAACAAAAGCUCAAGUAGCAUUUCGUUGCGGCUGUUUUGCUUAAAAUGUUAUUAUGUUUAUCCAAAUUAAGCAAUUUUUCUGCUUUCAUUAUGUUUUAAACGGGCUCGAUCGCUCGAGCUUAGAGAUCCAAUCACUGUCAUCGAAUUCCGUCGAGUAAUCGUUGUUUCUGAAAAUCUCGUUGCUCUGUUUUUUUUUUUAAAUGAUAAAUAUUUGUACAUAUACUUGUACAUAUAUUUUGUUGUUCUCUUGUUAUACAAUAUGCGGAAAAGUGCGUCGACCAGCGGCACUACUACAUCAUUUAAACAGCACUUUAACAAAAUAUUUUAACGAAAAAUGAAGAAGUCAGUUGAUGAAGAGAUGAUCUAAAUAAGAUAGAAGAACAUUUUAUGUUGUUAUUAAAUAGCCGCGGUGACUUGUCGAAAAAAUCAAUUAUGCUCUUUUUUCUUUCUAUUUUUAUGUUCAUUAUCGUUCAGGUAGUUAGGUAGCAGGAACACAACAUCUUAGUAGAGCGCAGAAAUAUUACUCGCAAACGUGACGCGACGACAGGAAUUUCUCAAUUGCCGAGCGGAGAUCGAGCGAGCGUUCUUGAGAAGAGAACUGAUUUAACUGUACGUUAUUGAUUGUGGCACGCCGUUCACCGUCUUUGAUUUCAGCACAUCAUUUUCGUAUGACAUUAUUGUUUCCUUUCCAUUUUCAUAAACUCUGUAACAAUUGUACAUACAAAACAUUAUUAUUUCUAUUUCAAAUGAUAUAAUUACACUCUAUUACAAUUUUUUGUAAUAUUUUAUAAAAUCAUAUAAUAUAUUUAAUUUUUAUAAUAAUAUUUUUUAAGUUCUUAACGAUCAAUCUUACUUUUUGGUAGUGAUCUUUUUGCCAUUGAUGAAACGAGUUGAAGUACUUGUUCGUUUUACAGCACCACCACCACUGGUUCCACCGAAACUUGUGAAUGCAUUGAACGAAGUAAAGUUUCCUGAUGUACCUUCAAAAAAUUCGUUGAGCGGUGAAAAACCGAAAUGAGAAACUCCUAAUGGACCAAAGAAGGAUGUGCUUAUGCUGUUACUGCUAGGAUGACUAUGCCUUUGUGAUCCAAGACGCACACCAACUCCAGCAAGGUC